GGCCUCCGGCCCACUCCCCUCCCGCCCCCUCCCCGCGGUGGGCGGGGCCAGGCGCACUAAGCUCUCGGAGGUCUGGCUCGGGCGGUUGGAGGCCAAGUGGUCCCAGCGCAGGCAGCACAGCAAUGGCAGCGGCGGUGCUGAGGCACGGGGGCCGGGCGCUUCAAGGCUUCUGGAGGUCCCAGCACACCAAGACUGAGCCCAAGCAGAAGGCGCCGACGGGCUUUAACUUUGAGCUCACUGAGCAGCAGAAGGAAUUCCAAGACACAGCUCGCAAGUUCGCCAGAGAAGAGAUCAUCCCUGUGGCGGCUGAGUACGACAGAACUGGCGAGUACCCUGUUCCCCUUAUAAAAAGGGCUUGGGAGCUCGGGCUGAUCAACACACACAUUCCGGAGAGUUGCGGUGGCCUUGGCCUUGGGAUUUUUGAUGGUUGCCUGAUUACUGAAGAAUUGGCGUAUGCGUGCACAGGCGUUGAGACCGCCAUCGAAGCAAAUUCUUUGGGCCAAAUGCCUGUUAUUAUUGCGGGGAAUGAACAGCAACAAAAGAAGUAUCUGGGGAGGAUGACCGAGCAGCCAAUGAUGUGUGCUUACUGUGUAACCGAACCUGGAGCAGGCUCUGAUGUGGCUGGUUUACAGACCAGAGCAGAGAAGAAAGGCAAUGAGUAUGUCAUCAAUGGUCAGAAGAUGUGGAUAACCAACGGAGGAAAAGCUAACUGGUAUUUUCUUUUGGCUCGGACUGACUCUGAUCCCAAGGCCCCUGCCAGCAAAGCCUUCACUGGAUUUAUUGUAGAGGCAGACACCCCAGGAAUCCAGAUCGGAAGAAAGGAGAUAAACAUGGGCCAACGCUGCUCGGACACCAGAGGGAUUGUCUUUGAAGAUGUGGUCGUGCCCAAAGAGAAUGUCCUCAUUGGGGAAGGCGCCGGCUUCAAAAUUGCAAUGGGUGCUUUUGACAGAACCAGACCUUCAGUCGCCGCUAGUGCAGUCGGGCUUGCGCAGAGAGCUUUGGACGAAGCUACCAAGUAUGCCUUGGAGAGGAAGACCUUCGGAAAGCCCCUUGUGGAGCACCAGGCCGUGUCCUUUUUGCUGGCUGAAAUGGCUAUGAAGGUGGAACUAGCCAGACUGGCUUACCAACGAUCAGCGUGGGAAGUUGAUUUGGGGCGCCGCAAUACCUUCUAUGCUUCCAUCGCCAAGGCAUUUGCUGGCGACAUUGCCAACCAGCUGGCUAGUGACGCUGUGCAGAUUUUUGGAGGCAAUGGAUUUAAUACUGAAUACCCAGUGGAAAAACUAAUGAGAGAUGCCAAAAUUUACCAGAUUUAUGAAGGGACCGCUCAGAUCCAGCGGCUGAUCAUAGCUCGUGAGCACGUCAGCAAGUACAAGAAUUAAUUGAGGAGCGGUCCACCGGCCUGCGGCCCUGGGCAAGCGCCUGCCCAGGAGAUGAUGGCAAAGGGAAGACACGUGAAUGGAUUUGCUGGUGAAAUGAAGAAAAUUAGAAAUGUUGUUUCUUCCACCCUGUGUAAGAGAUCACAGUGGUAGUUGUACACUCUGUUUAACAUCAUUAAAAUACUUGUGUAUUCUUUCAACAGCACUUGUACUUGAAUCGUAAAGCAUCAAGAAAUAAAGUUAAUCAUGUGGAAAUAGUCAUUUUAGAAA